GAGAGAGAGAGAGAGCAGCACCUGAGCCUGUGGGGAAGGAAGGGUUAACUGGGCCCAGACACAAUGAGAGGGGCCCCCACCCCGAGGCCUUCCUCAGCCCUGUAGCCAUGGAUACAGCCUGAAUGCCAGAGGCAGCGAGGUGCCCGGGCCCCUUUGGAGGGCAUCACACAGAACUAUGGGGCCACUGCCAUCUCCCAGAAUCCUCUUCUUCCUGCUGGUGCAGAGAAGCGUCGGGGUGCAGGCAAGCACCGCCCAGCACUCUAUAAAGAUCGAUGGAGACAUUACCCUGGGCGGUCUCUUCCCCGUACAUGCCAAGGGCCCGGCAGGGACUCCGUGUGGGGAGGUGAAGAAGGAGGCUGGGGUGCACCGCCUGGAGGCCAUGUUGUAUGCCUUAGAUCAAAUCAAUGGGGACCCGGAGCUGCUCCCCAAUCUGACUCUGGGCGCCCGCAUUCUGGACACGUGCUCGCGGGACACGUACGCUCUCGAGCAGUCUCUCACCUUCGUGCAAGCUCUCAUUCAGAAGGACACGUCAGAUAUUCGCUGCUCCAACGGAGACCCCCCCAUUCUCAGCCGGCCGGAGAGGGUCGUGGGGGUCAUCGGAGCCUCGGCCAGUUCCGUGUCCAUCAUGGUGGCCAACGUCCUGCGCCUCUUUUCUAUACCCCAGAUCAGUUACGCCUCUACGGCCCCCGAGCUCAGCGACAACAACCGAUACGACUUCUUCUCCCGCGUGGUGCCCCCCGACUCCUACCAGGCGCAGGCCAUGGUGGAUAUUGUCAAAGCCCUCGGCUGGAACUACGUCUCCACGCUGGCGUCUGAGGGCAACUACGGCGAGAGCGGCGUCGAGGCCUUCAUGCAGAUCUCCCGGGAGGCGGGGGGCGUGUGUAUCGCUCAGUCCAUCAAGAUCCCGCGGGAGCCGCGCCCCGGAGAGUUCGAUAAGGUGAUUCGGAGGCUCCUGGAGACCCCCAAUGCCCGGGGCAUCAUUAUCUUUGCCAACGAGGAUGAUAUCAAGCGUGUCCUGGAGGCCUCCCAACGAGCCAAUCAGACAGGACAUUUCCUGUGGGUGGGGUCAGACAGUUGGGGCUCCAAGACCUCCCCAGUGUUGGGUCUGGAGGAAGUGGCCGAGGGGGCAGUGACCAUUCUACCCAAGAGGGCGUCUAUUGAGGGCUUUGACCAGUACUUUACCAGCCGGACCCUGGAGAACAACCGGCGCAACAUCUGGUUCGCUGAGUUCUGGGAGGACGACUUCAAGUGCAGAUUGACCCGAUCAGCAGCCCGACCCGAGGACCCCCGGCGCAAGUGUACCGGGGGGGAGCGGAUCGCCAAGGACUCGGCGUAUGAGCAGGAGGGGAAGGUGCAGUUCGUUAUCGAUGCCGUUUAUGCCAUGGCACAUGCCCUACACAACAUGCACGUGGAUCUGUGCCCCGGGCACAGCGGGGUCUGUGACAAGAUGGACCCAAUCGAGGGGCGGCUGCUCCUGCGCUACAUCCACCGGGUCAACUUCAACGGCAGCGCUGGGACCCCCGUGAUGUUCAACGAGAAUGGCGACGCCCCCGGCCGCUAUGACAUCUUCCAGUACCAGAUGGCCAAUGACAGCGCCCCUUCCUAUCGCGUCAUUGGCCAGUGGACCGAGUAUCUGCGGCUCAGUAUUGAGGAGAUGCAGUGGUCCGGUGGGCAGUCGGACAUCCCCUCCUCUGUGUGCAGCCUCCCCUGCCAGCCUGGCGAGAGGAAGAAGAUGGUGAAGGGGGUGCCCUGCUGUUGGCACUGCGAGUUAUGUGACGGGUACCAGUUCCAGCUGGACGACUUCACCUGCCAGCUUUGCCCAUUUGAUAUGAGACCCAAUGAGAACCGGACCGCCUGCCGGGCGACGCCUAUUAUCAAGCUGGAGUGGACCUCUGCCUGGGCAGUCCUGCCCCUCUUCCUGGCCAUUGUGGGCAUCCUCAGUACCCUGUUUGUGGUGGGCACUCUCGUACGCUUCAACGACACGCCCAUAGUGCGGGCAUCGGGGAGGGAGCUGAGCUACGUGCUCCUGACGGGCAUCUUUCUCAUGUACGCUAUCACCUUCCUGAUGAUGGGCGAGCCGGGGGUGGCAGUGUGCGCCCUCCGCAGGUUGUUCCUGGGACUGGGAAUGUGCAUCUCCUACGCCGCCCUCCUCACCAAGACCAACCGCAUCUACCGCAUUUUUGAGCAGGGAAAGCGCUCGGUGACUCCCCCCCGUUUCAUUAGCCCCGCCUCCCAGUUGGUCAUCACAUUCAGCCUCAUCGGGGUCCAGCUGGUGGGGACGUCCGUGUGGUUGGCGGUGCUGCCCCCCCACAGCUUCAUUGACUACGAGGAGCAGCGAACGCCCAACCCUGAGAACGCCAGGGGGGUCCUGAAGUGCGACAUGUCCGACCUGUCCCUGGUCAGCUGCCUGAUGUACUCCAUCCUGCUCAUGGUCACGUGCACGGUGUAUGCGGUCAAGGCCCGGGGGGUCCCCGAAAACUUCAACGAGGCCAAACCAAUCGGCUUCACCAUGUACACCACGUGCAUUGUGUGGCUGGCAUUUGUGCCCAUCUUCUUUGGCACCGCCCAGUCUGCAGAAAAGAUCUAUAUCCAGACCACCACCCUGACGGUGUCUAUGAGCCUGAGUGCGUCGGUCUCGCUGGGGAUGCUCUACGUGCCCAAGGUCUACGUCAUCAUCUUCCACCCCGAGCAGAACGUGCAGAAACGCAAGCGAAGCUUCAAGGCUGUGGCCACCGCCGCCACCAUGUCCACCCGUCUGUCCCAGAAGAACAACAACGAGCAGCAGAAUGGGGAGAGCAAAGCCCCCGCCGGGAAGAGCCUCCCUGAGAGCAAGUGACCCACAUGGGGGUCUAUGGGCAGUACCACGUCCCCCUGUUGAGGGAUUAAAGGACCCCGACAGCAGCUCCAUGUGACCUUCAGCUGUGCCAGUGGGACAACCAAGGGGUGAUAAUGUACCCCCAACUCCGGCUGCCACUGUACCCCCAACUGCUGCUGCCACUGUACCCCCAACUCCUGCUGCCACUGUACCCCCAACUCCUUGCGCCACUGUACCCCCAACUCCUGCUGCCACUGUACCCCCAACUCCU